CUCAAAACUAAACGCUGAACCAAAAUCUGCGCCUAGUCCUGAAGUUCAGUAAGGCACACUGUGAUGGGCAAUAUAGGAUAUUUGCUUGAAACACUCGACAGCAGAUCAAAAGCGCAAUGAAAAGUUGUCGACGGUCGGGCAAAUGAAGUGCGGAACUUCUUACUUCUUGAAGAAGUGCUUUUUUGAGACGCUCUAUUUUGACAGCUGUAAGACGGACGUCCUCUACUCCAUCGAAACGCAGUGAAUUUUUCGCUUUGUUUGUCAUUUUUACGAUCCACGAACACUUUAAUGUAGCGAGAGCACCGCCCAAGACUUCAAUUUUACAUAUAACAAAAGCUUUAUUUCUUUUGGAUAAAAUUGUGAUGUACUUUAGACCGCAGAAAUGCAGCAGGAGCGGUUACUCAAAGUCCUUGUCAUUGGAGAUUUAGGUGUGGGAAAGACUUCCAUCAUAAAGCGUUAUGUGCAUCAGGUUUUUUCUCAACAUUACAGAGCGACUAUCGGAGUUGAUUUUGCUCUGAAAGUCUUGAAUUGGGAUCACCAGACAGUCAUUCGACUGCAGUUGUGGGACAUUGCAGGACAAGAGAGGUAUGGCAACAUGACACGUGUGUACUACCGAGAGGCCGUAGGCGCACUGGUGGUUUUUGACAUGACCCGUGCCUCCACCUUCCAAGCUGUGUUGAAAUGGAAAAAAGAUCUUGAUUCAAAAGUUGCCCUUGGCAAUGGGCGUCCCCUGCCAGCUGUCCUGCUGGCCAACAAGUGUGACCAACAGAGACAUGGUUUGUGUUCCAAACUGCCCAAACUCGACAAUUUCUCCAAGGACCACGGUUUUGUGGGGUGGUAUGAGACGUCUGCGAAGGACAACACAAACAUUGAUGCAGCCAUCAUGUGUCUUGUUGAAAAUGUAAUGGCUAUUAACAUGGAGGAUGUUCCUGUGGAAUCAGAUCCUAGUGUACUGAUCCUCCCUGCUUUUGAUUAUAACCUAAAAGAACGCAGUGACUCUAGAUGUUCAGUCUGCACAACAUUCCAGUCCAGCAGAAAACCCCAAAGUGAAUUAUAGAGUGAGAUGAUGAAAAGAACACAGAACAGAGUGGGAAAGAAAAAUAUAGAGAGAAAGAGAGAGGAAACGGUCACACCCUUUGUUGGGCCUUCAGAUUGUGCUGAAGUAAGCCUUUGUGGAGGUUUUCUUCAGCCCAUGCUCCGGUGCCCAUAAUUUAUGGAUCCCCACAGCUCUCUUACUAAAUAGGCUUCACUUUUUGACAUGAUUUGAGGAAGUGUUUUGGACUGUGUAACUCUAUCUGUAUAAUUGCAUGUAUCUUGUAGCUACAAUUUAACAUCUCACAAUACAGUAAUAAUAUGUACAUUUUUUA